AUGGAUCGCAGAAAGAGUGGAAGACGCACCGUGACCGCCCGAGCCGAGAAACCAGUGAAGAAAACGAUUGUGAGUUGUUUUUUUGCGUUGGUUUUGUAUUUAGGAAGACGCGAACUUUCUGACGAACAGUUAGACCGUGGGGAUUCGUGGUGAAUCCCGGGAUUUGGAAGGGAUAUUUUCUUUGCGGUAUCAGCUGAUUUGAUUAUUGGGGGAAAAAAUUUAAAUGCGUGGCCAAAGCGGGAGAAAAUUGAUUUCUGAAGACACUAGAUAGAUUUAGUUUAGUGUUUUACUGUGGGGUUUUGAUUUUAAAAUAUUUGAAUUCGAUUUAUUAUGUAAAAUACGCGUUGUUCUUUCGGCUUAUAUAUUCACAUUUUAUUCAAAUCGGACUACAGAACUCUCACUACUUGUUGAUCAAGAUAAUCACUUGGCGAUAACAAAAACAUCAUUUAAUACUCUUAUCGUGCUUUUCAGUUGUAGCAACGGACGGUUUUAGCGUUCCAUCUGUCAAUAUACAAGUUUGAUAAGAGGACAAGAUCGUUUCCAUUUUUUAUUUUAUUCAGUAAAUUUUAGAAGAAAGCACGGAUGUUGCCGACAAAAAUGGAAGAACCUUCGUCAAGUUCGGGCUCCUCUCCGACUGUCAAUGGGGUCAAGAAGGAAGAUUGGAUCAGUGGAUUUGAGGUGAGUGUUUAUCUCUUGUUAGUUUCGUCUUUAGAUCUGCACCUACAACAAUAUAAAAAUUUUCAGUCAAUGGACAAGGACAGUCAAAUGGAAGCCCUCACAAUGCUGAUCCAGGCUUGUCGACCCACCCACCUUCGCCAUUUACAUCAAAUCGUCGAACCGCUGCUUCAGAAGGACAUUGUUAGUUUACUGCCAAAGGAAGUGUCUCAUUUAAUUUUGGGAUAUCUAUCAGCUGAAGAUUUAUAUAAAGCGUCGAUGAUAUGUCGACGAUGGAGAUUCCUAUGCGAGGAUAACUUGCUGUGGAGAGAGAAAUGCUCGGAAAAUGGAGUGGCAACGCCAAUUGAACCACCAAAGUAAGUGCUUUGUGUUAUUUUUACAUUAUUUUCUCUGCUUUUAGUCUCUCCCAUCGAAGCUCCUGGGAACUUGCCGAAGACAAUAUUCUCAACAACCAGAAUGCCCGAUUGAAUUUCUGGGAGGCCGGAAGAGUGGUACCGAAUCGAGAGAACGAACCAGACACGGACAAUGCUUGCUUUCGACGAGCUUAUUGGAAGGCCAUAUAUCUAAGGUAAUAUAAAUUUUUUUUUGAAAUGUUUCGGUCUUUAGGAACAAUCGAAUCUACCGGAAUUGGAUGCAAAACAAACCCACUGCCCAAUGUCAUCUGGCCGGCCAUGAUGACCAUGUGAUCACGGGGAUGCAAGUCAAAGGAGAUUUAAUUGCAACGUCGUCCGAUGAUGCUACCGUCCGAAUAUGGUCAAUUUCCCAGGCUAAGGUAUGAAAAUGGAGAUGAUUGGGGAAUUUAUGACAUUUUAGUGUGUUCAUGUACUGCAAGGACAUGGUGGCGGAGUGUGGUCGAUGCUUUUGACAGAUGACGGGAAGAAAGUUAUCUCGGGAUCGACCGAUAGAACGGCAAGAAUAUGGUCGACGGAAACGGGAGAGCAAUUAUUCUGCCUUCAGGGACAUACGAGCACGGUUAGAUGCAUGGCAAUGCAGGGAAAUCGGUAGGUUUAGAUUUAAUUUGGGUUGGGUUAGUGGGAAUGGAUAAUAUACUUCGAAUUUUUAUAAAACUGGGGUGGAAAUGUAAUAGCUUGAAGAUUUUUUGAUAUUAAAUUUUGUGGAAUUUAGGGUGGUAUAUCUCAAAAAUUUUUUGAGAGUUGGUAUUUUUAAUACUGACCUUAUUUUUGACAUCAGUUCAGAUAUAAAUCUAUUUUUCAGACUAGUCACUGGCUCCCGUGAUUGCACCGCCCGCCUUUGGAAUCUAGACACCGGUGAGUGUGUCAACGUCUUUGUAGCCCAUUAUGCGGCCAUAAGAUGCGUUGAAUAUGACGGGAAACAUAUCAUAACGGGCUCAUAUGACCAUAAGAUUGCGGUUUUUGAUGAGGCCACCGGAGAACGCACUCAAAUCUUGGUCGGCCAUCAAAAUCGAGUAUAUUCUUUGUUGUUGGACAAGGAGAAAGGCCUGUUGUUCUCGGGAUCGCUGGACCAAACCAUCAGAGUCUGGGAUAUCAACGAUGGGACUUGUAUUCACACUUUGGUUGGCCAUAACAGCCUGACCUCGGCGAUGCAACUCCGAAAUGGAUAUCUGAUAUCAGGGAACGCGGAUCAUAGUAUUAGGGUCUGGAAUAUUGAAGAUGGAACAUGUGUACAUAUUUUAUCGGGUCAAAACUCCCACACCGCCGCCGUAACUGGCCUCCAAUUUAUUCGAGACGAUCUGAUUGUGAGCAGCAGCGACGACGGGAUUGUAAAGUUGUGGAAUAUCAAGUCAGGCACAUUCAUCUGCAACUUGGUUCAACUUCAGCCACUUGGAGGUUGUGUUUGGAGAGUUGAAGCCACUCCAACAUGCCUUGUUUGUGCGGUUGGGUCGAGGAAUCAAGCCGAAGAUACGAAGCUGAUCAUUGUCGAUUUUGAUGCCCCAUAUCCAUAG